AUGAAGAACGUUACGGUCCCAUUCUUGUAUUCUCCAGUCGACACAGCGAACGGCGAAAUCCGUCUUCUCACUCUGCACCCUGCUACGGACAAAGAGGCCUCCAUUGUCUGUGACCUGGAGCGCGUCAGGUUGCGUGAUAAUCCGCAGUUUGAGGCUAUAUCAUAUACUUGGGGAGCUGAACACCCGUCCGUCCAGAUAAUCUUGAAUGAUAGCACAUUCUACGUCCGAGAAAAUGCAGCGGCGGCCCUUCGCCGCCUGCGACGGCGCAAAGGCUCUCGCCGCGUGUGGAUCGAUGCCAUCUGCAUCAACCAGGAGGAGGUCCCGGAGCGCGACCGGCAAAUCACGGUGAUGCAGCACAUAUUUGGGCAGGCCUCGCAGGUCAUCAUAUGGCUGGGAGAGCCUACGGAGCAGGGCAUCCUCGGGAUAAGAUACCUCCAGGGGAAGCUCAUAAAUGCGAGUCUCCGCCAGCUAUGGCUUGAAGUGCACGGUGACGACAUGAGGCCAUCCUAUACGACAAACAUAUCUACCGCGUUAGAUAGAAUGACGUACACUGAUGACCAACUAGCCGGCGAAAUUAGAGAACUGCUAGAUCGGCCGUGGUGGAGGCGGACAUGGGUUGUGCAAGAAGCCGUCCUUGCGCAGAAGCUUGUUGUCAUGUGUGGAGAGGAAGUAGUGACUUGGGAUAUGAUAAGAAAGCUGAUUGAUGGGCGGCGCAUAUCUCGACCGAAUUUCGAGGUCAUGGGAAUUGUGCUUGAUGAAACUGCUUUCCCUGAUGGGUUAUUUCGCUUCAUUUCAGAGUAUCGGCAAAGGUGGCAUGAUUCUGCGUCUGGAAUCAAUCUACUUGAGAUAUUGUAUCGAUGCCGAGCGCUUGAAUGCUCUGAGCCGCAAGAUAAGAUCUUUGGAUUACUAGGCAUCGCACCAUCUGCAAAAGCGAUGGGUGUUGUUCCUGAUAGCACAGCCUCCGCCCAUGAGGUGUACCGAGACUUUGCAUUGAAGUUCGCCCGAGGAAGCCAGUCAUUGGAUAUUCUUAACUACGCCAGGGAGUGGCAAGGAGCACCGGGGAGAUUUUCAAAACAGCAGGUGUAUUCUCUGCUUGAGCAAUCGAAGUAUCAUGAUGUGAAGGCACAGAUCGACGACGGCCCAGGAAAGAAGCCGAGGCAGUCAUGGGCUAGACUCCCUGAUGGAUGGGAAAGAAUACCUGGCAAGGUUCCGAAAUUUCACAACUACAAGACGAACGAGACGUCUCAAAAGAGUCCCUUGGCUGGAUCAUUAUCCCAGGCUGCAUUGAUAAUGGAACGGCGAGAGCUGCCGACGAAUUGGCAAAAGAAAUGGGACAAUUUGGGACGGGCCACGGUAUCACAUGAAUUAGAGGGAGAUAAGCCCGCUACGAAACUAGAAGGGAAGAUCGCAGAAUUACUGGCCGACUUGGCCAAGCUUCCUUCAUGGGUUCCUAAUUGGUAUACUCCAACUGCCUGGGAUCCAGAACCCCUCUUGGACUUCUCCUUCAGCCACCCACUAUAUUGGGCAUCGGGAGAUGAGAUACCACAUGUUCCUGUGGGACCAUCGGAAUGCGUGUUAUCAUUGAGCGGAUUCGUCUUUGAUGAAAUCGAGUCUAUUGCGCCGGCGUGGCAUCCACAAAGUGAACAACCUGCUCUUUCCAGAAAAGGAAACGAAGUUUUGAUUGGAUGGGAAGAACACGCUUUGAGGCCGGUACAAGAAUGUCCUUACAAAGACUCCAGCCGCGAGGAAGCUCUAUGGCGCACAAUGAUUGCCGACUGGGCGGGUGCUCACGCCGCGCCAGAGAGCGAUAGAUACUACGUUGAAGUGUGGUAUGAUCGCAAUGGCUGGGCGAGACAGGUGCCUGAUGUCGUAAAUAUGGGGGUUUGGGAGGCAACUAUGGAAGGAGUUUCACUUACCUUUCACGAGGUCGACAUGCUGUCAGAAUUCGCAACUUUCUGUUCUCGCGAUGACGUGGAAUAUCCCUCAUCCUCAACCGGUCUCAGGACUGACGGGGAACAUGUAAUUGUGAAACAGUAUGGGGCCUAUGUGAAACGUAUCCAAAGGGCUUGCGCCCAUCGAGCGCUCUUUGUGACAAGGAAGGGAUAUAUUGGGUUGGCGCCAUGGAAUGCAAAAGAAGGUGAUGUGGUGGCAGUGUUGGAUGGAGGGAAGACACCAUACAUUUUGCGAUCUGCUUCCGUGGACCAGUUCAAGCUAGUUGGGGAGUCAUUCGUGUACGGAGUCAUGGCUGGAGAAGCACUCCAACAUAGGAAAGCUCUAGAAAAACCAGAAAGCCGGAUUCAAAUUGUAUGA